GGCAUAAAAAAAUCUCACGAACUUAAACCAUAGUGUCCUGCCUCCCUCUCUUUUGCUCCCCCUUUUGAUUCUGCUAAUCGGGCUGGCCUCGCAACGGCACAAUGGCGGCGAGCAUGAACAUUCCCGCGGGGCUUGGUCUGCAAUUUUUGCGACCCUGUGCCCAGCGAAGCGCCGUCGGCCCUGUGAGGUCGGCAGCGGUGGCCCAAUUGCAGCUGCGCUUCUACUAUGCCUCGCGUUCACUCAGGUCACAGAGCCAGGAUGGGCGACCGGCAGUCCCGAUAGGGGAAAUGGCGGGGGAUAGGACUAGGCAACAGAAGCCCAGCCAGACCGCUAUCACCGCGGGCGUGCCUGGUCUUCUCGACCAGCACCACAGGGAGAAUAAUGUCGUGGGGCGGCCCCGCAUCAUCCGCGGCCGCAUUGACGCAGUACGCAGACAUGGCCGGAAGCUCUUGUUCAUCGACGUUGUCUCCGGGUUCGAGACGAUGCAGGUUCUGGUGAACUAUGGCGUCAUCUCAACCGAGGAUGACCGCUGGCGUGACAUCUCAUCCGACUCGGAAGGCUGGGCCGCUGCCACGGGGGCGCUACGGAGGGGCGCCUUCAUAUCUGUCGUUGGCGACAUGGCUCUCAGUCGAGAUAAUAAACUCUCGAUUAAAGCUCGGAAGAUGCCGGUUAUACUUGGUGCCCCAAGUCCUGGUUUUGACCCUCCCGAGGUCUUGGUUGAUGAGGAGGUCACCGCCCGCCACCGUCACUUGGACCUCCUAGCCAACAGACAGAUGCUCGACACAUUGCGCUUGCGCUCUGCCGCAAUCACGUCGUUGCGGUCCUUCCUCGAUGGCCACCAAUUCAUCGAGGUGCAGACCCCGAUCCUCGCUGCGCAUGCCGGUGGUGCCUCAGCACGACCCUUCUCUACCCGGUCUGCAGACAUGGGUAUCGACCAGCCGCUGGCCCUGCGCGUUGCCCCUGAGUUGUGGCUCAAGCGGCUCGCCGUUGGGGGCUUCGAGCGCGUCUUUGAGAUUGGGCCAUGCUUUCGCAAUGAAGGCCUCGACAGCACCCACAACCCCGAAUUCACCAUGUGCGAGUUCUACGAGGCCUACGCGUCUCUGGACACCCUAAUUCUCAGGACCGAGAACCUGAUGGCAAAGAUCCUGAAAGAUGUUCAGUUCGCCGCGUCCGGCAACGCCGGCGCGCUCCGGGCGUGGCAGCUACAGGGAGAUCUGGAGGCCGUCGCGGCAAAGUUCAAGCCCGGAGCCGAGGAUGGCGGAACGGGGGGACUGCGCAGGGUCGCCUUUAUCCCGACGCUCGAGAAAGCACUCGGCUUCAAAUUGCCGGGUCUCGAUGCCGAGACGGCCUUUGAAGAUCUCAUUGCCCUGCUACGCAAGCAUGAGCUCGAACCGAAAUACGGAUCGUCUGCGACCACAUUACCCAAACUCCUCGAUCGCCUCGGCAGCGACUACGUCGAGAGCGAGUCUUGUACCGCCAAGGCCAUUUUCGUGACACACCACCCGGCAUGUAUGGCCCCCUUGGCUCGCAGCACGCGCUGUGCUGCGACAGGCCAGGUGGUGGCGCUGCGGGCCGAGCUGUUCGUUGACGGCGUCGAGCUGGCCAACAUGUACGAAGAGGAGAACGACCCAGAUGAGCAGGAGCGCAAGUUCAAGGAGCAAGCCUGCCUGCUGAGACAGCAACAGCGCGGCAAGAUGCAGCGGUCGUUCGAUCACCAAGUCGCCAGCCACACUGCCGUUGACGCCGGUCUUGAGACAGCCGACAUGGACGAGGCCGAAGCCGAGGCCGAGGCUUCGGGCGCCCUACUCACGGGCAGCGACGCCAACUACGUCAGGGCCCUGCGAGCCGGCCUGCCGCCCACGGGAGGAUGGGGCUGCGGCAUCGAGCGCCUCGUCAUGGUGCUCUCGGGGGCACCCCGCAUCCGGGACGUGCUGUCAUUUGGGAACCUAAGGAACGUUGUUAGCGUCUCGCGCCCUGAGAAUCAGGAUUUGGCCACAAGCUCAUCGGCCUAGAUCCCCGCCCUGGGCGGGUAUCUACCAAUGUGGACUGGAUUUCAGAGCGUCGAGAGGCGCACACCUAGUUGUAUAUAGUGUACCACCACUCGUGCUGAACCUGGGUCAGCAUGAAGCACGUAACCAAUGAUGAUGAUGAUGAUGAUGCCACGGUAUAUGCGCUUGGUCACAUUUCGAAUUUCCCUGUAGAAGGAACGUGUGAAAGCCGACCUUGUAGAUUUCUUCUGAAAUAGCUGGGUAUCUAUCACAACCAAUCUUAGUCAAAAGCGCUAAGCCAAGUGAAUAAACG